UCAACGGCACCCCACUGUACGGCUCCCGGCAGGAAGCGCUCGUCCUCAUCAAAGGCUCCUACCGCACGCUGAAGAUGAUUGUCAGGAGGUAGGAGAGCGGGACCCUGGCUGGGCCGUCCUAGCCUGGAGAGUGGGUGAAUUGUCCUAGAGUCAGCCCCACUGGGGAUCCCCAGGCUCUGGGGAAGGUGCCACCCUGUGGGCAGAGAGGAGGUGCAGGAGAAUCCAAGUGGCAGCAGUGUGAGGAGGGGGUCUCCCCAGCUCCAGAGGUGCUGGGGGGCAGCGAGGGGCUGAGCUGACUGGGCCACGGGUUGGCAUGUCUGGAUGCUGCCAGGCCCUGUCUGGAGCAGUCAGGGGAGAGAACAGAGCAGAGGGGUUUCCCCAGCAGCCCCUGACACUCGCUACCCAGAGUUAGGGCUCUGGGCUAGAGGCUGCAUCUGGGGCUGGCUGGGAGCUUAUGGCCGGUGGGGCUGCCUGGCUCGCUGCCCUACUGUGCGGUGGGGCCAUGGGACCCUGUCUCCCUUCUCUGCCGGCCCCUGCCAGGCCGCUUCACCCAGGGGUUGGGGAGGAGACGCUCUGAGCCGGGCUGUCCCAGCAGGUGAGGGCAGAGGGUUGGGGGCAGGUGUGUGUGUGUGUGUGUGUGUGUGUGUGUGUGUGUGUGGCUUUCCCAUUCACAGAGGGGCAAUGAGACGGGGGACCCCUCCCCUGGGCAUGGCCCAGUUUGGUUCCACUGGGCUCCCCACAGCAGGCCCAGGCUCCCCUCCUAGCUGGGGGCAGCUCAGGGACCCUCCACAGCCCUGCUCCCCACCCCCAGCCUGUCUCUUCGGAGGCACCUGACCCCCAAACCCAGGGACGGGGAGCAGUGGGGGUCGGACCCCCCCUUCCUCCAGCAGUCAGGUGUGUCUGGCUCCUCUCUGCCCUGAGAGCCCCAGGGCUAAUCCCCAGCACCACCUUAUCUCCAGACCCCCGGCGCCCUCCCCUGUUUAUCUCCCGACUAUUUGGGGUGGGUGAGUCUAGCUGCGGGGGGUCUUACUGUCUUGGGCAAGGGUCCGGGGAGCUGGGCAGAGCACCCCGUCCCUGCUGAGCUGACAGCAGGCCCCCUGCCCUGGCCCCCAGGGUGCUGGCAGCAGUGCGAGGACAUGGACGGGAGGCCUGGCUGGAGCCACGGCCCUUUGCCCCCUUGGGCCUCUUGAUGCCCCUGCCAGGAGGGAGGCAGCCUCGGCUGAGCUCCAGCCGCAAGAUCUGGUGCAUGGGGGCACAGCUGGGUCUCUGCCGGGGCAGCCCCCACAGCUCCCUGCCAGGCCACAGUGGGCUCUGGACUGUGCAGCCCCAGGCAGACCUAAAGCCUUUUGACUGUUUCAGCUGCUCCUGCGAUGCCAGAUAUCCAGGUGAUGGGCCCCGGAAGAGGCUGGGCUGGGUGUGGAUUCCUGUGUGCCGGAGACCCAGGAAAGGCCCCUGCUCCUGGCUGUAGGGGGCCCUGGCUCAGUAGGGAACCCUCCCUCCUUCCACCCCCUCCAGGCGGGGACUGGGGGGGACGUGGGCCCUGCUGUCCUGUGGUGCUCCCAGCCUGAGCCGCUGCUGCCCUCUGGUGGCUGGAAUGUGUCUGUUUUCUGCUGGUGAGAAGUGCCUGGACUCAGGGCAUGGGGCAGGGAGACAGCACAGCCUGUUGGCCCCAGAGCCCUAGCCGUGUCUGGCAUGGCUCCAUGCUGAGCCCCAGAACCUCUCCCCUCCCCAAGGGGGUUACGCCCUGGCACUCCCAGGAGGGUCUGGCUGCCCUGUGGAUGACACCGAAUCUCUGGCCCGAUAGCCACCUCCAUCCAGAGCCUUUCCUGCGCACUGCGGCAGCCAGGCUACUUGCUUGGGGAGAGGAGCCCCUGGACUUGGGGCGGCCCAUUGGCUUCUCCUGCCAGGGCCAGCACAGCUGGGAUCCCCAUGCCCCAGCCCUCGAACGCAGGCAGGAAGGUGGCUGCAGAGAUGUGACACUGGCCGGGAGGGGAUGCCCUGGGGGACCCAAGUUCUCUGAGCACGCUGCCCCCCGCCCCCCCCACCAGAAGGUCUCCCCGAUGAGCCCGGAUCAGCCUGCAGAACCCAGCGCUCACUGCAGCUGUGGGGCCGCUUGGUGCCAGCGACAUGGGCCGGGGGCUCUGACCAGGGAGUUUCACAGGGGGCCGGGAGAUUGGGGGAGGGCGAAAUGACCCUGGCCCCAAGCUCUAUGCUGAGCUGGCUUUUAAGGCUCCAGCCAUGUGUUUCCUGCCCGCAGCCCCCAGCCAGGGCUCCCCUAACCAGCCUGGCCCUGCCGCCCUUCCCAGAGUCGAGGCUGCAGGGCUGCCCAUUCCCCUUGAUCUCUUCCCAUCUCCACCCCCCUGUGACCUCCCUCUUCCCAGGCUCUUCCCACGGCUUCCUGUGUGAGGGUGAGGGCUGGGCUGGGGAUGGGGGGGCAAGCCCAGCUGCUUAGGGCAGGGAAGCAGCUGCAGCUGUUGUGGUUUGUUUUGUUGCAAUCAGCACUAGCCGUGGAGCGAGCCCCUGGACGGAUCCUACAGCCUCCCCCACUCUGCCCAGCCCUGGCUGGGGUCUGCCCGGGACAGGACGCUGGUUGCACCCCAACGUCAGGGCCCGGAUGGCCUGCCUGGCCGGGAGGUGACCUGGCUUCUUCAUGCUGCCACAUGGGGCAGCUGUGGCCCCUUGCGGGAGACUUGGCAAAGGCACCCCUGGGCAUGCCAGCUGGAGACCCCUUCUCUAGCCCUGCGGCUCUUGGCAUUGUGGGAAGUAACUACCAGGGGGAGGAGGGGAGCACUAAGGCCAGGCAUAGGCCCUGCUCUCCCCUACAGCUGGAAACGCUCCCUGAUCCCCAGGACAGCCCGUCUGGGCCGAGAGCCUGCGGGUGCAGGGGUCGUCCCCCUUCCUCCGGGGUGCUAAUGACACUUGGGAUCUGAGGCCCCCGCGAGGGGCAGGGCAGGGGCCUGUCUGGGAGCCUGCUGGUCCCACUGACUCAGUGUGCCCAACGGGGCCCUGCUGUCCCAUUUCCUCCCUGUGGCUGCUCGUGGAGCCAGGAAGCCCUGGGAUGCUCUCCAGCCCCAGCCAGCUCCCUCCCUGUUUUCUCUCCCAUGUGGCAGCGAAUUCCUUGCUGUCCGGAGCUUAUCUCCCCUGAACAUCGCUUCCUCGCUCCCUUCCUGGCUGCUGCGGGCGCCUGGGAGCAGGUAGACGAUUGGCUGCUGGGCCUGGGGGUGGGGAUCUCCGGCCCGGCAAAGACUUCCGGAGAGCACUGGGAUCGGGGUCCACAGCCUGUGUGGUGCGGCCAGCAAGCGAGGGCACUGUCUCUGCAGUCUGACGUGGCACCCAGGCUCGUGGCUCCACAGCACGGGGGCUUGGGCUGUGCUCCUGCGGGAGGCGUUAGGGGCAGCAGGUCGGCCACGAGGGACACAACGCUCUAGUCUUUGGGGUCACCCAGCCCAGAUCUCUCUGGAAUCCCCCAUCCAUGGAGGAACGUGCCCGUCAUCAGGCCCCACUCCUGGCACCUGGCCAAGCUCUCCGAGGUCCGGACCGAGGCUGCCACCAUGCACUGUCCCUCUGAUGCCUUCAGCUUGUCUUGGCACUCAGGAUGUGACUCCAGUGACCUGUCCCUGCAGUGGGCCCAGCUGUCUCGCCAUUGCAGCACGGAGAAGAGCAGCUCCAUUGGAAGCAUGGAGAGCCUGGACCCGCCCGGCCAGACCUACUACGAGGGCAGCCUCUCGCCUGUGGACCAGAGCAUGUACCAGAACAAGCGGGACUCUGCCUACAGCUCCUUCUCAGCCAGUUCCAACGCCUCGGACUAUGCCCUGUCCCUGCGCCCCGAGGAGACCUCCUCCACAGACUCCAUCCUCCAGGGCCUGGGCCCCAGCCGAGCCCACGAGGGGCGCUACCUGCAGACGGGUAGUGAGGGGGCAGAUGUCUCCCACCAGCUGUGUGGGCGCCUGGCACCCAACUCCAGGCCCUCCUCAUGCCCCCAUGAAAGCAACCUGUCGGGCUCUGCCAAAUCAGGCGCCCCUCCCCAGCCCCCUGUCAGGAGGGACAGCCUCCGGGCCUCCAACCCCCAGCCAGCUGGCACCGAGCGACGCCGGGCCUCCGCCCCUGCUGAUGCCCUGCACCUCCCGGGCAGAUGGACCUCGGACACCUCGCUGUGCCUGCGAGACAAGGAGCCCAAUGGAGUGGGAAGCCACCCGAAGGAGCACCUGUCUGCCGACCAGUACUACAUGCUGAGCUCCCACCUGGACAGACGCCAGCCCAGCAUGGAGCAGCUGUUAGGGGAGAGCACAGACCAUCCCCAGGGGGCUGCCCAUGGGCAGUGCCAGGACAACGGUGCCCACGAAGGACAGCCAGGUGCCAAUGGUGACCCGCCCCUGUCUCCUCAGAAGGGGCACCGGCACAGUGCCCCUGAGCAGCUGCUUGAAUCCCAGCUGCACUCCCUGAAUGUAGCCAUGGGCAGCAGAUGCUGGGACACCCAGCUGCAGGACGGGCACCAAUGGACUGUGAACCCGCUGCACUUGGAGCAGCCGGGACUCGGCCAGCAGACAGAGGAUGCCAAAGAGCAGCCGUGCAGGGAUCCGGCUGCGGGCCCAGACCAGGCUGAUGACCAUGCCACACAAGCCCAGCACUCCCCUGACCGGGCCCAGGACUCCUGCCACAGCCAGGGGCCGUACAGGUGUUACCCAGAGCUGGAGAGAUCCUGCAGCACCCCCGGCGACUCAGCCAUGCCACAGCAGCCUGCUGGCCUGACCCCUGCAUGCAGCUCCGAGGCGCUGGUGGAGGAGGGGAAGGAGUCCGGGGAGAGCAGGCCGAGCACCAGGAAAUCGGGCCCUUCCCAUCAGCGAUCAGCCCAGCUGCGGCGCCGGAGUGAGCGCUUCGCCACCAACCUGCGCAACGAGAUCCAGAGGAGGAAGGCCCAGCUGCAGAAGAGCAAGGGCUCUGCAGCUCUGCUGUGUGGGGAGGAGCCAGUGGAGGAGACGGACGAACCGUGCGAGAGCCCCCCCAAUCCCUCAGCACCGCCACAGGGCAGGCUGCCUAGCUCAGGGGACAGGAGCUCUGUCAGCGUGACACGAGCCAGAGCCAAGUGCCUGAGCCCCAGGCCGGGCGCAGCGCCUGCUGGAGAACAUGGCAGGAGCCCCAGCCGCCCAGCCAACAGGAGCACCCCCACCCCCCAGCCUGCACGGAAAGGCCCCAGCACCCCUGCUCCUGACAGGGAGAAGCAGAGGGCUCUGGGGACUCGGGGCCGGUGGCGGUGGUCUCCGGAGCACAAGCUGCAGCGGGCCCUGAGCCCUGGGGAGGCGUAUGCCAAGGGGCCGGAGGCGCCCGCCUCCCCGCUGCGCCUGGCAGAGGACGCCGUCCUGCUGCCCUUCGCUGACCGGAGGAAGUUCUUUGAGGAGACCAGCAGGUGCGUGGCACGCCUCCCCGCCCGGCACAGCAAACCCCCCAGCUUCCAGCCAAAGGCAGCCGAGCCGCAUACCUUUCAGCCACUGGGCGCUGAAUGUCAGGAGCUAUGGCGCCGUUCCGUGGACCAGUCCUACCCGCCCCUGUCGCCGGGGCGGCAGAAUCUCCCCGCCUAUGCCGAGUGCUGCCUGGAGCCGCCUGUGUGCUACGCCGGCCUCCCGCGGCAUGGCGAGUUCGAGUACCUGCAGCCCUUUGCCCGGGCCUGUGCCGGGACAGCCCCGGUGCUCCGCGAGCCCUGCCUCUACUGCUCCGGCAACAUGUGCCCUGCACUGCUGCAGAGGAACAUGCAGCCCAGCCAUCACGGCUACCGCUGCCACACGCAUCCCUGGGUGCCGCGGUGUUCCGACUGUUGCUGCUCUGUUCCCCACAAGGCCCUGGAGGAGAGCGAGCCCUGGCCUGGGAGGAAGGUGUUCCUACCGGAAUUUCCUCUGGAGGAGUGGGAGCCUGGGGCGAUAAACAGGAAGGGCAGCCAGUCAGUGAGUGAGCUGGCGCACUACAAGAUCGGCUUCCAGAGGGAGGGUCCCUUCCAGCCCUGCUUGGAGAGCUCCGAGCAAACGUGGCCUCCGUGCUACCGGGCCGCGUCCUCUCUCGACCUCUCUUGGGACUGUGAGCAGCGCGCGCCAGAGAACCCCAGCGAGUCACUCCACCGCCCGCUCCGGGGCAGGGCCUUCUCCGAGAGCCACCUCAACAUGGAACCGCCCAGCACCCGGGGCCAGGAGAUGAGAGACGCCCCCUUAGCCAAGCUAGAUGAGAUCCACCCGAUGCUUCCGUGUCCGGCCAGAAAGAAAGGGCCGCCUCCUCCCCGGCCCCCACCCCCUAACUGGGAGAAGUACAGAACUCGCCGGGCCUCCCACCACCACCUGUACCCACUGGAGCCCGCUGGGCCUGGCUCAGCCUUGCUGGUGGUGCCCCUGGAACAGCCUCACCACCAAGGCGGUGGCAGCGUGGAGACCGCAAGGCAGCGCUCCCAGAGCCUUCCCCUGGACAAGCUCCCUGGGGACUCGGUCAAGCCCGUGGCCAUCUCAGAGCCUCGAAUGCCUGGCACCCUCCUGCAGGAAUCCCUGGACACCGGGCACCUGCCAGAGCAGGGGAGCAACCACUACUACUGCCACGUCUCGCCUCGGGAGCCGCUGGCACUGGACAUGGGCACCAGGGACACUCCCAGGCCAGAUGGGCCCUCAGAGGAGAGGGUGAAGGAGACGCCGCGGUGGGAUAUGGGCAGGUCUGUAAAGGAUGAACAAUACCAGGUGAUUAGCUGGGGCCAGGAGCGCCCGCGGCCCAGCCCCCCCUGCCUGGCCCCCGAGAAGGUGGAGUUGGCCCAGGAGAGCGCAGAGGUGGAGAGCUGCCGGCUGGGCAGGCAGCCGCCCUGCCGCAUGACCUCAGAGGAGCUGAUGCGAGACGUGGCGGGCAGGGAUCGCUCCCUGGCAGGUGUGCUGAGCCCAUCCUCUGGCAUGGUGACAGCCGCCGAGGUCAUGGGAGAGCUCUUCUCGGCGGGGGACCGCCGCUCGUGGAAGGACCAUUACCAGCAGGACUGGCGGCUGGAGAAGCAGAGUGAGGCUGAAGCUCAGGAAAGGGAGGAGUUCCAGCCCAUCUCCCCUCCCCUGGGGGGCGCCGUCAGCCCCACCUCCUACUCAGCCUAUUACAACACCUCGGCGGGGAAGGCUGAGCUGCUCAACAAGAUGAAGGAGCUACCGGAGGGGACCUCAGAGGAGGAGGAGGUGGAUCACGAGCUAGCACAGAAGAAGGCACAGCUCAUCGAGAGCAUCAGCAGGAAGUUGGCGGUGCUGCAGGAGGCGCAGCGGGGCCUGCAGGAGGAUAUCAACGCCAACGCAACAUUGGGGGAGGAGGUGGAGUGCCAGGUGAAGGGCGUCUGCAAACCCAAUGAGUUUGACAAGUUCCGCCUCUUCAUUGGAGACCUAGACAAGGUGGUGAAUCUGCUGCUGUCGCUCUCGGGGCGGCUGGCCCGGGUGGAGAAUGCCCUCAACAGCCUGGACCAUGAGGCCACUGAGGACGAGAAGCUGGCGCUGCUGGAGAAGAAGCGGCAGCUGACGGAGCAGUUGGAGGAUGCCAAGGAGCUGAAGGAGCACGUGGAUCGGCGAGAGAGGGCCGUGUUCGGCACCAUCUCACGCUCCCUGCCAGUUGAGCAGCUCCAGGACUACCAGCACUUUGUCAAAAUGAAGUCAGCCCUCAUCAUCGAGCAGCGGGAGCUGGAGGAGAAGAUCAAGCUGGGCGAGGAGCAGCUCAGAUGUCUCAGGGAGAGCCUCCUGCUUGGGCCCAGAGAUUAUUAGUGCCAGCGCUACCUUUUUGGUGGCCACGCAGCCACGGUCUCCUCCAGUGGUGUGGCCUAGAGCUGACAGCCACGGCCUUCUCACGGGCUGCUGCUGGAGGACCCUGGAGCAGAGAGGGGUGUGUGGGUGCGUCCCGCCACCCCCCACGGCCUCCCAGCUGGUGACCCAAGCAAAUGGUGCCAGUGUGCGUCGUUCUCCUCCCUUCCCACCGAUGCACUGAUUCAGUGGGAGCCAGUCACAUGCCUUCCAGCCGGCAAGAUCCAGCAGGGCACUGGCACAAAAGGGGGGUUCAGCCCUUCCCAGGGUGCCAUGACCUGAAGCCCCAAAGGGGGAGGCUGCACUAGCCAGCUGCACUAGCCAUCUCCACUAGCACUGACCUGCCAUGGGCCAGGCCACCAAAGCCAAGCAAACAGCGCUCUGGGUGGGAGGGGCUCUGCCGGAGAGCGGGCUGGGAUUUCUGGAGCUGAACUGGAAGCCAGAGGAAACUGGACUCUUCAACACGCCAAAGGGGAUGUUGCUUUUGCUUCCCCAGCCCUUGCCAAGGUUUGCAGCAGGUUCUCCAGCCAGCUGGGAGAGCCCUGCAGCUGGCCCCCGCUGCUGCCUGCCCAAAGAUCUCCCUCUCCCUUGUACGGUGCCAGGGUGGGGCAGAGGGCAUUGCUGCCCCACUGCCAUGACCCCAGGUGGCACGACCAAAGAGGAUCUCGCAUCAGUGCCUGGUCUCAUCCGUGUGUGUGUGCGCGUGUGUGAGAUCCCUGCGAAUGUUAUUUAUUUUUGUAUUUUUAAGUUGCUUUUUUCCUAUGGAGGGGCCUUAUGGGAAGAGGGAGGGGCAUGCGGGAAGGGGGAGGAGCACAUGGAGUCGGGGAGGAGCCAGGAACCUUAGCCCCGGGAAGAGCCUGUCCCUAACGCCAACUUCCUGCCCAGCCCUGGCUUUGGGCCCAGGCGCUAGGACUGUGCGUUCCACCCAAAGCAGGGCCUGGAACCAGCAGCCCCCAAGGGACAGGGAAUGGGAUGAGCCUGUGGCUGGCUGCCAAGCUGCCUGGCUCUUCCUCAGCUCUUGCUGUUUUGGGUAUGAGGGAGACAGGAGGGCUCUGGACAUCCCUCACUUCCUGCCAGGUUCACGAUGUUCUUAACUGAAAUCUCCCCCUCCUGCAGCCAAGGCCAGCUCCUUCACCAGCUCCGCACAAGGAGCGGGCCCCUCUCCCGGGGUUUAGCCGGGGAGGCACUGCCGCCCAGCGCAGGCCCCUCCUCUGAGGUACAGCUGAGGGGCACUACCCCCCUGUGUGAGCCCCUUGCCUACAGUUUGUUCUGAGUCCAUUCCAGGAGGGUCCAAGAACCCAGGCCAGGGUCACUUGGUAGCGGGCUCACGCCCAGAUUCUGCUGCAGUUGCGGCUCAUCCCCAGCUGUUGCCGUGUGGGGCAGUGGCUGGGGCAUGGGAAUGGAAGCCCAGGACUCCUGGGUUUUCUUCCCGUCUCACCCACUGAUUGUAUAUACCCACUGAUAUGCACUUCCCUGUCUGUGCCUCCCUGAUGCCUGCUGUAUGAUGGGGUGAUGCCAUCUGGGCAAGGAGCUGGGAGCUCUGUGCAGAAAUCCCAUCCCCCAGACCAUCCUGUCUCUGAUAAGCUCAGACACCUGGUGCCAAGUGGCCACCUGCCCUGGCUUUCAGGUUCCAGCGUUCACCUCGCUCUGGGGCACGUGGGGUCUGGAGACUUGUCCGCUUGUCCAUGGGUCAGCUUUAGUUGCCUGUGGCCAGCAGCUCUGGUGUCUUUGGUGCGUGAUGGGAGGGUCCGGGCCCUGGUGUUACACAUGCUCACACUAGGCACUGACUCUCCUUUGCCACCUUUGGCGCCUGUCCCAUCUGCACCUGCCCUGCUCCUGUCUCCAUGGUGGAAGCCUCCCAGUGCUCUUGCACAGCGCAGGUUGGUGCAGGUGUGGCACUGCUUUGCUCCCCCCACCCCCCAGCUCUGGACCCUAUGUCACCACCAUGCCUAUUGAGGGGGCAUCUGCUCCCCUUGUCCAAUUGCAGGGGGAUCGCAGAGUGGAGUUCCAUGCCCUAGUGGAAUGGAUUCUGGAGCGCACCCUCCUCUCGGUGUGUGAUUGCUGAUGCAAUGUGCUGCUGCAGACCCUACAGGCGUCCCAGUUGGGUACUCCCUUGUCUUCCUGGUUGCUAGUCUCUGUAGGAGCUGCUCUGGCUGCCCAGCGUACCUUAUAAACACAUCAUGCCACAUGAGCAAGCAGCUCAGGGAUGAGAGACAACAGGAGAAAGCACUAACCCAGGAACCAAACUCUCUUGCUGCCCUCUCUGUGUCUGGGUAUCUGGUGUGGCCCAAGCAGCCAGAUCCCAGUGUGUCCCAGCUGCAAACCCUGCACCAUUGUUCUGGGAUUUACCUCCCUGAGAACUGCACCUGGACUGUAGCUAUAGAGACAUGGUGGCAUCCUAUAGUUCUGUAGAAACAGGUUCAGGCUGGGAUUUCCUGGCAUUAAGGACUUGAGCUGGUCUGUUCCUCCUAGCUCCCCCACUGCAGCACUUCUGGUCGUAAAGAGUUAAUUACUUCUUCUAAGACACAUGGCUUCUAAGUAACCAAAGGAAUUUGCUGGGGACCUGCCACAAAUUCUCAGCCCCCGACAUCCUCUUCCUCUCCAUUGUGUUUGGAACAAUAGUCUAAACCCACUAGCCGCUUAACUCUCUCAGUGCUGUGCUGGGCAUGGCCCACGCCUGGGCUCAGAGCCCCUGCCCUGUGAUCUCAAUAACGCCAGCCAGCCUAGGCUAUUACUACAGAGAGGAGGCUGGUGCUGCCUCCCAGCUGGCUCCUGGCGGGCCAGGUAGAGCCCCUGGGAACUCUCUCUUUCUGGCAGGCCAGAGGGACUGUCCCUCCCCUGGGAGCUGAGUAGGAACCUGAAAGCCAGGGCAGGUGGCCACUUGGCUGCCUCUCCCACUAUCUGCCCCUGGGGAGAUCCCUGCUGCAGCUCUGCAGCUGGGUGUGGGGGGGCACGUUCCCACAACACCAGGGAUGCCAGCCCUGCUGCAAAUGCUAGUAUGGGGUUGGAGUUGGGCAGGGUAUAGGAGGAGCUCUCUGGAGACAGAAGCGUGACAGCACUUGUUGCCAUGGGCAGGAGCUGUGCCACGCAGAGCCCAUGCAGGGGGCUCUCCAUUUACCGGGAGUCAGAGAAAAUUGCAAGAGUGGCCACAGCUCUGGGUGGCUGCUGGUUGGAGGACAUGGAGCUAAACUGGGAGACAGCCUGGCCCUGCCUGUACUCUGAUCAGUGUGAGGGAACCUCCAUUUCCAGUGCCCCACCUCCCUGCCCGAUGCAUUCCCAGCCUCUCCCUGGCAUUGUGCUGUCCAGAGAGGUUAGGAUAGGCCGAUGCAGGUUGUGUGCCCAAUGGGACCACACAGAUCAGGGCUCAGUACUACUGGAGAGGUGCUGAGCCCUCAUUGCACUAGGGGUUGUGGGUGCUCUGUGCCCAAGGGGGAUCAGGCCCCAUGUCAGAGCAGGGCCAGCCUAGUGCUUUCCCUUCCCAUUCAGCUGCAGGGCAUGCAGUGGGCAGCUAGCUAGCCAGACACCCUGUCACGUGCCAUUCCCCACGUGAUCAUGCACCCAGUGAGAUACCUCACCCCUCAGCCAGGAAUGGGCCGGGGACAGGCAUAAAAACAAAGACAUACAUUGAAAAUAACCUAACCCCUUGUUGAUACAAAAAUAGCACUUAAAAAGGGAUGGGUCAUUUGCUUAUGACUCAUCUGGGUCACACUCUUUCUAAGGGGAAGUUUUUGAGCUAGUGAUGGGGGGGAAUAGCUAAAACACUAAACUCUUCUAGUGCUCCUUAACACUAACUGCAACUAUGCUAAACUUUUGACAAGUGUUUCUCCACACAGGAAGAGACUAUAGCAAGGGUGGGAUGUUUCCAGUGUGCUCAUGGCAGUAAGAGCCACCCUGCAAUAGUCUCUCUCGCAUCCAGUACUAAACCCUUGAAAAGAAAUUCGACAUAAGCUUUUUGCUGAAUUUGCACGUGCAUCUUUUCCAAUCAAGCCUUGGAACCUGAAUAAAACUGGCUGUAGCCAAAGAGGAAAUAGCUGCUUUAGAAAAAUAAACAACUGAUUUGCAAAUAAUUCAGGUUGAGUAAUUACAAUGUUAUGUGAAAAUGCAGCAAAGGGAGCUCAGCGUUUCAGUGCAGGGUAUCCUGUUGCCUCCAGGAGGUGAUUAGAGCCAUGGGAUGAGAAAAGACUCCUGAAAUAAUACAGGAAUAUUGAACUGGAAAUUCCAUUGUUUCCAUGCUGGGCCCUGGAUUUCUGAUGUGAAUCAAAUUCCUGGAAUCCUUGAGCAAUUAGCAGAUGUGAUAUUACAGCCCCUUUUAAGGAGUCUACUCCCACAGGUUGUUCAGAAAUGGAACUGGGCCAUGGCACCACUUAACAAUUAUCUCUGACACCCCUUACAUGCAAUGACGAAGCUUCCCUAACACUACACAGAUUUAAAAGCUCUGCUGUACUUUUCACCCUCUAGGCUGUUGGACCCAUUGCACUUCACUCAUCUCAGACAGUGGAACUAACAUGGUCAAGAUCACACACAGUCCGUUUCACGUCCUGAUUUUCAUGCACUUACCCAAGGCUGCCAUGAUUUGAGUUUCUAACACUACAGGGAAGGUUAAAUCCACCCAAAGCCUUUGGAGCCUGAAAAUGAAUCAUUUAUAUGCCCAGAUCUCAACACGCCUCCACGUGUACAAGCUAGCAAACGUGCUUGUUUAUUGCAGUGGUCUCCAAACUUUUUUGAUUGCGCACCCCUAUCAGUAAAAAAAAUUUUGAGCAUACACCCCCUGCCGCACUGCAGGGCUGGCUCUACCAUUUUUGCCGCCCCAAGCAACAAAAAAAAACCCGCCCGAACUGCCGAAGCUGCACUGCUCUGGCGGUGCUCCUCCUGCCGUGCACCCUGAAGGAUCCUCUAGCACACCCCACUUUGGAGACCACUGGUUUAUUGCAUGAUGCCAAAUCACAUAGGCCUCAGCCAGGCCUUCUGGUUAAAUCCUCGUCAUGCUGAUUGACAGGGCCUAGUUUCACCUCAUUCCCCUGCAGCCUGUCCUUUCCCCAUGUGGCGUAUAUGAGACACGCUCUUGUCCUAGGCUAGUGGUCUCCUGCCCUUCCCUGAAGGCCCAGUAAAAAGCCAGGCCAUGGGGUGCUAUGCCCCACAGCACAAUUCUUAUGCCAUAGACUUGAGUAGCUGGAGGUAUAGCUCAAAGUGCCAUGCCACUGGCCUAUGGCUUCCCUAUGGGAGUAGGGAAGAGUUGUGGUGCAUUACCAGCCAAUGGGCACAUGGGUUCCCUUGCUGACAGCCUCGGGGGGAUGUGUACAGUGGGUGUGGUGGUUUGGCUGCAAGUCAGUUCCUAAUGUUCCUGGCCAGUGGCUUGACAGCCCCAGGCUCCAGUCCCUGCAGUGCACAUGCAGGCCCCAGGGCUUGGAAAGGGCUCUCCACUGGCUUUCAAAUGGCAUUUUUGCUCCUUCCCGCUGCACCCCAGGCCCUGGCCACAGCCCCUGGGCUAGCUCCUCCACUCCCACCAUGUGCAAUUGUGUUCAGCACAGGAACCUGUCAGGGAAAGGCCUUCAGAUACCCCUAACUAAAAGCUCUGGGGGGCAGGGAGCCUUAUUUCAAUUGCCCACUAGAAAACCACACGCAGGGGCUCACUCCCAUGGCUACUGCUCUGUGCUGUGAUGUGGGAGCCCCUGGCCAGCAGGGUCUAGGAGUGCUGUCCAAGUGGGGAGGCAAAGUGGAUCUGCAGAGCCCCUGCUGGUCAAUGGGCGGCCUACAGGCUUUAGCAGGCAGGGCGGGGUGGGGAACGUGCUAAGGAAGACCAGGAAGCCCUCACUGUGGCAGUAAGACAGAAGGGAAGGAAUGUUCUCAGUGUUUAGAAUCACAAAUGUGGGUGUCGGAUGGCAGGGAGCCCCCGCUGGCCGCGCGCUGCCUGGUCUCCUGGUGCAUAAUCCUGACUGCCAGGCGCUAGCUGUGCUGUUAUAGUCCUGAAGCCUCCAGCAUUAACCCCUUAGCCUGACAUGCACAGCCUGCCCAGCUGCUGGCCCAGCACGGGGAUGUGCUAAUGCUGUAUAUUUUGUGUACCAUUGUGCUUCCUACACACUAAAGGCGCAGUGGGCUCUGUACAACGUCCCUGAGCGGUGUUUUUUACAAUGUUAUGUGUAUUUUCUAAGCUGUUGAUUACUGAGCUUGUUAGUGUCUCCCAGCUUGCUGCCGCAGGUAUGUAUCCUCACCUGGGGGGCACAGGGAGGCGAGGGACCCACUGCAUUAAAUGGUGCUAAGGACAAUGA